UCAACGGCGAAGGCAUUACGGAAUAGAAUCCGCGUGUGCGCUUUUUUUUAUACUGCAAUGGUAACACAACAUAUUUGAAGUAUUGCAACAAAGUUUUUUUUUCUUCUUUUCCUUUCUUUUGUGAAGUUUUACAGUUUCCAACAAUGUUCUCUUUUAAUCCGUUCCACGUAUUAGGGAAUAGAAACCAUGUCGGUCCUGACAAAAACCUGCUAAUGUUCCUGGAGGCAGAAAAGACCGCCGCAAAGCAAUGGGCCCGUAUGUCCGAAGAGCGAAGGAUCUCUGCCAAUCACUUGAAAAUGUUUGGCCAGCCACUCGGCGAUGACCUGACGGACGUGACAAGCAAGCUCGGUGAACUAUUGAUCUUGUUUAGCUCGACCAUGACAGAAUUUUCCAGCAGCUAUGAUCAAUACUGCGAUACCAUGAAGACAAUGGCGGAUAAAGAAAGCACGUUGCUUUCAGACAGAGAGAAGCGAGCCAGGCUAAUAGAAGCUAUCGAAAGACACGAGCAGGAACAUCCAGGAGGAGUUGACAAGUUGAUGCAGUUAAAGGAACAGCUGGCCAAGGUUGAGAGCAAGACUCUGCCAGCCGAGACAGGAUUGGGCAACUAUCAGCGCAUCGCGAUGCGUGAAGCCAUGUAUCUGUUGCUGAACGGAAUGGACGAAAUGGCAAGUAAGAUGGAUAUGAUUGCGUCCUUUGGCAAGUACAUUGUGGAUGAGCUGGAUGUCACACCUAUCGAACCAGGUCAGGGCCGACCCGAAUAUUCCGGAUCGGAGCGCACGGCUACUGUCGUCAAGGAUGUAAAACGCGCAGUGGACUUUUGGAAGCCUGACGGUGCAAAAUUACGACGUACUCUUACGUCUCAGCAUGGCCACAACCCGCUUGUCAAAAAGUUACCGCCGGCACCCCCUGUGCCUACAACUUUGACUGACGACGAACUGCCUACCAGGGAAGAGAAGGAAAAGGACGAUGCAGAAAAGACCCAAGAAAACGAUGAGCAGUUAGAAAAUGAAGAAGAAAAGGCGGAUGAGGACGACAAUGCGUCAUUUUAUUCAAUGUCCAACACGGCAACUCCUACGGAUAAGCCAGAGGAAGCAAGUCACAAGCCGGACGAGCCAAGCCCAUCUUCUCGCUACCUCCAUGUACGCAACACGUCGACGGAAAGUAACCCGGGUGGGUUUUAUCCACCUCAGUCUCCUCGUCCAGCUGUUGGCCCCGGUGGCUUCUCGUCCGUGUACCUCGACCAGCAGCAAAACCUAUACCAGUUUUAUCAGCAUUAUGCUCCACCACAGCCUUACGAAGACAUGGCAAGACAUCAUUACCGUCCUAGUCCAUUUGCUAGCCCAUACAUGGGUCCUCAACAAGGCGGCGCUGGUGGCAGUCAUUUGGGACCAGGCGGUUUCGUUCUCCCCUCCAGCAACCCAUAUUACCACUCACCAGCAGCGCCUCCUAUUCAACCACAGCCAUCUAUCUCAACAUCCACAUUGUCAAGUUUACCCUCGACCGGUGGAGCUGAAGCGACGCCAUCUGCAUCCCCAUCGCAGCACAAUACCACGAUUACCAACCAUCACCUUACUGAAGAUUCCGAGUCACCUCAAAGCGAAGAUCAUAAUAACGAUGAUCAUGAUAAUCAUCGUAGCAGUUCAUAAUAGUGACAAGAGUUGUAAUUAGAUAUUAGAAAUAUAAUAGAGCGUAGAAAACUGUUGAUAUAUUUGUAUAAACAAAUAAUGGUUGGCGCAAACUAAAAGCAUGUUUUGGAUUGCCGACUGCUUGCAAUAUGGCGUAACGUUGUGAAGAUCGCCGACUGCUUGCAUGAAUUCUUAUUG